AUGGGGAAGUUGUGGAAUGCCGGUGAUGUUUAUGUGAACGUUGCUGAUGUUACCAACUAUGACCGGAUUCACAAUCAAGAUCGCCUUGUUCCUUGGAUGAAGCAGUGGCGUGAGAAAACUGGUAAUGACCAGCGUAUCUUCUUGACGUACGGUGACAUCGAGAAGCAUAAUGGCAAGAGAAUGAUUGCUUUCGUGGAUACUUUCCGCAAGUUCUUAGAAGACUCGGUUACGUCAGAGGACAUGGCUGUGAUCGCGCCUAUCGGUCUGAGUUUCGAUACGGAGCACAUGCAACCCGAAGACAUUAAGGAGACUUUGCUGCAGGCUCAGCAAAUGAAGGACGAUGUUACCGACAAGAUGGGGUAUGCUCCUGGUUCGUUGCUUAUUGAUUUCGCCAUUGAGGGUCAGAAGAAUACUCUGGGUACUCAAUAUAUUAUGCAGUACGCCGAUCAUGCUACGAUGAUGCUCUAUCGUAAUGCUAUUGAUGGGGAUUAUGCGGACGAUCUUGUUUAUCGUAUGAAUUAUAUGAUGACCGAACAGUGUGCGGUGUGUACUCAACCAGGAUGGGAGAACUUGAAGGCCAAGAUCACCAUCAUGUUGGAGGGUUCCUGCACAGUUGGCAAAUACUGCCACAAGCUUUCUAUGUGUGCUUUUGACACAGCGGUUUAUCCCGAUUCUAAGGGAGGUAUUGAGUAUAUUUGGAACACUCUCAAUACGCUCCGGGAGCGAACUGUUACUGAUGGUAUUUUGACCCAAGAACAGUUCAACCAUCUUUAUGAUAUCGAUGGAACUCUUUAUGCCCUCAAUGAUUGGGAGUGGGCCCGUUGUGCCUAUGGCAAUGAUUUCUCGAAGGAGAUGGGUUUCUCUAACUGCAACAACUACCAUACUAUGGCCUCUCAAUGUCGAGCCGAGUAG